AUGAAUAAAUCGAUCGGAAAGAGAGCACCCCAGAGAACCGACGAGGACAUUGCUGCUGGAAGUGCGGAUGUCGGUGGAGUGGACAAUAGUCCAGAUCAAGCAAUAAAAAAAAGAAACUGGAUAUUGAAAAAGGACUUGUGUUCUAGAACAAUGUUGAAGAAAGAACUCUCAAAAGGUGGUAAUAAUGCGACGAAUGGGUCAACUGGCACAUUAAUGGUUGCGGAUAUCCGUUCUACAGACGGGAAAUAUCACCGCAUGGUACUCGAUCGCUCUCGAAAAAUCAUCAAAUUCACAAUAACUGGAGGUGAUGAAGAGAAACAGCAAAGUAUGUCGAAGGAUUUAAAUGAAUUAAUUUGUGUACGGGGCACGCCAAUUACUAUGAGACGGGGACUGCCGUCCGAUUUGAAUAAAAAUGCGAAACAAGUCGACACUCCAAAUCAUUUAUACUUUUAUUUUGCUGAAAAAAGAAGAAAACGUCACUGGCGUAUCCGUACAGUUACCGCUCUAUUUACUACCACCACUGAUAAAAAGUUGUGGUUGGAUGUUUUGGAUUCUUCUCUUCAUGAAUUGGAGCAAAGGCCAAAAACAUUGUUGAUAUUUGUAAAUCCAUUUGGUGGCAAAGGUAAAGCCAAAAAAAUUUAUUCAGAUCAGGUAGCCAAAAUUUUGGAAAUGGCUGAUAUUCAGUGCGAUGUAGUAAUGACACAGCGUGCAAAUCAUGCUUUUGAUUACCUUAAACAACUUGAUUGUUCACAAUGGGAAAAGAUUGAUGGUGUUGUUUCGGUGGGUGGUGAUGGUCUCUUCAAUGAAUGUCUCUCUGCUAUUGUUUGCAGGACACAGGAAGAAAUAGGAAAAGAUAUAUCUGAUGUUAACAUUGAUGUCCUAAAGACGCCACGAAUGCGUUUUGGUAUAAUUGGUGCUGGUUCUGCAAAUUCCAUUGUUUCUUCCGUUCAUGGCACUGAUGAUUGCCCAACUGCUGCUAUACACAUCGCGCUUGGUAGUACGUGUUCGGUAGAUGUGUGUACGGUUCACAGAGGCGAUGAUCUUAUGCGAAUAUCUGCAAAUGCAGUCUCAUAUGGUUGGCUUGGUGAUGUAUUAGCUGAUUCUGAGCGAUACAGAUGGAUGGGACCUUUAAGAUACCAAUAUUCCGCCUUACGAACAACAGUCCGUAAUCCUGCUUAUUUUGGUCGUGUAUCGUUUAGCUUAAUCCCAGAAGCCGCUGAAAAGAAUGAUUUAAGUCUUUUGCCGAAAUGCACUAAUCCAUGCUCCAUUUGUAACAAAAAUGUCGAAGCUGAUAAGAAUUAUCCAUUUCAUUUACAAACUGAAUUUUGCCAUAUUAUAUGUUGCGUGGUGCCAUGUGUUAGUCCAUUUACACCGUAUGGACUAGCUCCGUUUACUGGCAUUGGUGAUGGAAGUAUGGAUCUAGCUCUGAUUCCACGAAUUUCACGGUGCUCCAAUUUGUCAUUCAUUCGAAAAGUUGCAAUGAAUGGUCCUAAAAGUGUUUUAUCAAUGGGCAAUAAGUUAAAUGUUUUCCGAGUUAGUCGGUGGGCAUUUACCCCUGCUUCUUUACUUGAACAUGUGAAUACUAAUGAAUCCUUUGAUUCGACUAAUGCUCAGGGCUCGUGGAAUUUGGAUGGAGCUCUAUAUGAUAUCACUCGAUUCGAAACUUAUAAUAUUUACGUUGUCAGCGAUUUGCACACGGUUUUCGCAGUGUUGUUUUUAAUGAAUCGUUUCUUUGCAACGUAUUACGCAACUGGUUUUCAACAAAGUGGUGUGAAAGUUUUGCGCGAUUUCAGUUGGAGUGCUAAAGUGAAUUUGAAGUUUGAUAUACAUUUGUUGGCCGGUGAUUGCGAUACAGCCUUGGAGAAUCUUAAACCUAUAGUUGUGCUUACGUUACAUUUUAUUGAAGGUUCCACCAAGACGUACGAAUUUACUGAGGAAGAAAAAGAAUCCAGCAGAAAUUUAAUUAGGAGUGGAAUGUAUUCAAAAUUACCUCCAGGAUAUAUAACGAAAUCAACUACCAUUAUUUUAUCAUCUUCCACGCUGUUAUAUGGACUUAUCGAAUACAUCACAGGAAAUGAAGUCUUUCAGCGAAAACAACUUAUUCCACUACUGAAUUGCAUACGAAGACCAGAGUUGACGGCGCAGUUCAAUAUUUAUUUGGCAAAAUAUCGUCUAUUACCGCUAUUCAGUCACAGUUAUCGGGAGUAUCCGGAGCUUAAUUGUGAUGUAAUGAAUAUGCACUUCAGGAAUCCGAUUGGAUUAGCUGCUGGCUUUGAUAAAGACGCUGAAGCAAUAAAAGGUUUGCGAAAAAGUGGUUUUGGUUUUAUUGAAGUAGGCACGGUAACACCGUUACCACAAAAAGAUGAUUCUGACUUUGUGGUUAAACCUUUAUUUCGAGAUGAAGGAUACGUAAGUCGCGGUAAAUUUAAAAGUGCAGGAUUGGAUACUGUAUAUUUAUUUGUUAAAAAAGCUUACGAACGGAAUUCUGAUGUCCCACUGGGUGUAAAUAUUGGCAGAAAUACAAGAUUUGACGGGCUUAAAGCGGAUUACAGCCUUGGUGCUUAUCAUUUUGCCCCUUUUAGUAAUUAUUUGGUUGUGAAUUUUGGUGGUCAAUCUGGCCUAGAGACAAUCAGCGAUAUGGAUAUUGCAUUACAAGGCGUUAGUUCCGCUAUUAAUCAAAUAGUACGGGCUGGUGAACCUCCGCCUAAAAUUCUAAUCAAAAUCCCACCUGAUUUGUCCAUCGUAGAUUUGAAAAAAAUUAUCAAGAUAGCGCUAAACAAACGAUAUAGUGUAGAUGGAAUGAUAAUUUCGAAUUCUACUACCAGCUAUCCGGAAAAUCUUCAUACUGUGGUACUAGAAAAUGGUUUUUUGAGCGGCAAGCCACUACGAGAUAUAAGUACAAAUUGCAUACGUAAUGUUUACAGUUUAUCACAUGGUAAAAUCCCAAUCAUUGGAUGCGGAGGUAUAUCAUCUGGCGAAGAUGCAUAUGAGAAAAUUCGAGCUGGUGCAAGUUUUCCAAUUAUAGGACGAAUAAAACGAGAACUGUUGGAAUGUCUUGCUCGGGAUGGUUUUCGCAAUAUAUCUGAAGCUGUUGGUGCUGACCAUAGGAAAUAA